CGUUAAUUGAGAAGCCCCCGCAACAACGGACGGGUCCGACAUAUUUCGCUCCAGAAUAUUAAAGCUGUGUUUCGGGCAUAAUCAGACUACAAACUCCAUUGUAGCUCCUUUGCUUGGCCUGUGAAAGAGUUGGGACUAUGGGACGACGCAGAAGGCUAGAAAUAGCUCUGGGUCUGCUGAUAGUAGUCUUUUCCAGUACAUGUAAUGCUUCAAACACAACGGAGACGGUAUGAAGCGUUAGGCCCGAUUCAUACGUCACGCCUCUGCCGUACCAAUGACAUGAAUGGUUCGACAUCUGAAGUUCGGCACGGCACUAAGCGCGUCUGCAUCUGUCUUGCUUCACGGCAAAAGCACGACACCGAUUCAAACGUCGAGCUUCUGAUGUGACGGACCAAAUGCCAUAUUUUUAUUUUAUUUUGUGCAACAGAAACUCCGCAUCGAGUCAAGUUUUACUACUCGCAACCUAUUUAGUGCGACGUCUGAAUUAACGUUGAACCCAAUGUAUUUGUGUAGAUGGAUCAGUACGCAGCUCUUAGAAGCUGCAAUUUGAUUGAGCAAAUGAACAAUAUCCGCACCUCGACACAAAGAACGAGAAGAAUCGAGACAAAAGAACUCCUUUGUAGAACAAAGAUAAUAGGGAUGUCCUGCCGAACUGAAAGACUGUGAACACAUUGUCCAACAACACAAAACGUGUCAAAUGCUCGACAAUGUCUGCUCUAAGAUACACAGCGAGCCGGCAAAUGCCACGCGCCUGAUCAAUGAAAUCAACACCAGAGAGAAAUGCGCCAGCGGCGAGAUAUUUUGCCCAGUUGUGGGCAAAUGUCAGUCAAAUACCACAGCAUGUGAUAUUGGUAUGACGCUGAAUUUGGGCAGAGAUAGUGCUCAAACACCAUGGGGAGCAAAUUGCACAAAUUCUACCACUGAAGGGUUUUGUGCCGCGUCCAUGUCAUGUGGUGCUAAGAAUCGCACGUGCACGCUCCAACCUCUCUACGACUGGACAAUCGCAAGCAAUAACAGCGUCACGCUGAGCGGAUCUUCGUGCAACUCAGGAGAUACCUAUUGCCUGGCCACGAGCUCCUGCAAAAAUUCCAGCCAGUCCUGCAACGUACCAUUGCCUCAGGAUAGUAACAACAAUGCGUCAUCACUGAUGGAGAAACUUUGCGAGUCAGGCCACAAGUUCUGUCCAGAUAGAUUCUUGUGUAUUGAGAACAACAAGAAUUGCUCCGAGUUCGGCUCCCUGCCUUAUGAUGCGAACACCACCGACCCAGGGAAUGGCUGGCUUAAAAUGUGCAAGAUGCGCAAGUAUGUGUGCACCCUCAAUCUAAUCGGCGCGGCAAAGUGUAUGCCGAAGGUCGCGCACUGCUUGAGUUCCGGCAACACGACAAAUAAUAACUCCACAAGUAAUAACACGUCUCCUGGUGGGGGCAAUACGACAAAUAAUAACUCCACAAAUAAUAACACGUCUCCUGGUGGGGGAGGUGGCGGAGGUGGAGCCGUGACACCAGUAGGCUGCCCGGUCAAUACACGUCCAUGUAACCUAACGGCCAGAAAUGAGAGCUGCAUCCCCAUGGAGCAAGGGUGUCCUGAGACAUAUCUAUCCCCUCCCUGCCCCCCUGAGGUCAGAAAAUGCGUCGACCUUGUCGAAAAGAGGGGCCUGUGCUCUGAACGCCACGAUGUCUGCGAUGCCUUGACCAGCGGAAACAGCAGUCGAUUCCAAGCGCAACUGAGCGCUGUCAACAUGGCUCUGUGCCAAGGUGGCGACACGUUUUGUCCACUUGUCGGUCAAUGUAUCAGCUCUGCGGAUCCAUGUGGGUUGUUAACAAGUGGUGGGAACAGCUCGAUGGUGAGACUGCCUUGGGGUGGGGACUGCCCCACCAACCAAUCAUACUGCCCCGUCUUAGCUCGCUGCUCUGCGACCUGCUCUGCUCAAGCCAUCUACGACUGGUCACUUGUGAUGUCCAAUGAGUCAGUGGGGCUCAAUGGAGAGUUUUGCGCAGCGGGCCAAAAGUACUGCUUCACUCAGCAAUCUUGUAUCUCCAAUGUCUCUCAAUGCAAUGUUCCUAAGUCUGACUUGGGAUUCCUGUGCGGUAGCGAGGACCAUUACUGUGACAAGGAGAGUAAGUGCGUCAGCAAGAGUGUUAACUGCACAGUCUUCCCGUCGCUAAACUAUACUGGCGUCAACGAUACAAAUUCAGGAUGGGAAAAAGCUUGCAAACUGUCUUUACAUAUCUGUCAUCGACGCAUGUACGCUAUAAAGCAAUGUGAAAACACACUCAAAGACUGCUACGUGAGCAAGAACCUGACCAGAUACGUGUGCGGCCCGGGCUGGAAAUGGUGCCAGAUCCUUAACAAAUGUAUCAAUGCUAUUGAUGGUUGCUGUGCUAACGGUACUAACUGGUGCAAAGAACAAAACAAGUGUAUCCCUGGUGGAUCUAAGUGCAUCCUCGACCCUUGUAAAGACAUCGACUGCGCAGCAAUCGACAGACGUUCACAGGCCUGUGGAAGCCUUGGGGAUCAGAUCUGUCCAAUAUUCGCCAACAACUGGCAGAACUUCACUUCAGCAUUCUACACCCUUGUAAAUACCGAGCCCUGCCCUGUUAACGAAAACUUUUGCAUCCUCUCUGGAAACUGUGAAAAGAGCUGUACUGUGGACACACCCCUGAAGGGGCUCUCAAAUGAAUCCGUCACUCCAUGGGGGGCCAACUGCUCCUCCAACGAGCGGUUCUGCUUUGCCAGUCAGCGCUGUCAACCAAGGUCGGACACUUGCUCUUUCAGGAGCGUGUAUGACUGGAUUCAGGCCAAGAACAGGAGUGUGACUCCGUCAGGUUCCAGUUGCCCUGGAGGAAACAAGUUCUGCCUGACAACCUAUAGCUGUAUUCCAGAGGCUAGUAACUGCACCGCGAACAAGACCUUGUUUAGCGCCCUUUGUGGAUCGAGGGACAUGUUCUGCCCGAGCCUGUUCAAGUGCAUUCGUAUGAAUCAGGCUUGUCCUGAUUUUCCUGUUGGCAAUUACUCUGGCAAUGACAACGGAACAGGAUUUCUGGCAUUUUGCCAAAUGAGAAAGUAUAUCUGUCCACGGUUGUCGUACUCGAGGGCUAAAUGCGCCGCGUAUAGCAGAUAUGCUCCUUGUGUUCAAAAGAACCGCUGUGACGCUGGCUUUGUGCUCUGCAAUUGGACCGAUACUUGCAUCGCUAAUGGUAGCUCCUGCUCACAAUGUCCAGCCGGUCAGUCCUUUUGCGAAAAGACCUCACCGCCUUCAUGUAUCCCAGCGUCUCAGUAUUGCCUAGCUCCCAGAGAAUGUCCACCCCAUCAAACAAUAUGCCCCGAACUUGGCGGCUGCAUCAACAAAACAAUCACAUGCCAGCCUGACAUUCCAGCCAGUGCAAUUGUUUAUAAAACCGUCUGGGAGUUCGAGACGAUCGAAGCCGCCGAUGCCAGCAUCUUUUCUUCUGGCACCACAAUCGCCAUCCUCAGCGUUAGAAGUCCCAACAGUACCGGGGCUCUACAGUGCUACAAUGCCGGUAGCUGGAAGAACAUCACUGGAAUUAGCGCAGCAACUGCUUAUGUCGUCGCAAAGACCGACAAACUAAGGUUUAUGCACACCGACCCUCAGUUCCAUGGAAUGGUGUUCCUGAACUAUACUGUCAAAGCUGGUACCGCGGGCACUAAAGUUGACGCAUCCUCCGACGCGCGUACCGCUGACCAGGUGCUGGUAUUACCGUCGUUGCCACGCCCUGACAUGCCGGUGCUCCAAAAGAUUGGUGGCCGUUAUAACAUCUCUGAAGAUGACACCAAAACGGAAGGAGUGUUAGUUUCUAAUGAAAUGAAUCUGGUUGAACGAGAUGUUAGCACCGUUAGUUCUAUUCCUACGGAGGAUCUCCCAUUCAUCGAGAGAGCCACAACCAAUUGUUAUUUCGAGGCAUUGAAAACUCUCAAAAGCUUCCAGGGAAAGAUUGUUGCGCUCAGUACAAGAGCCAACUCUUCUCAAGGGGGCUUUGAGGCCAAAAAGAAAAGCUGGACUAAGUUAUCUGCAUCGUUUGCAAAACCCGAAGUGGUUGAUCCAUCCGACAAAAUUCGUUUUGUCCCUGCUGUCAAUUGGCACGGAGAACAGAUGAUCGAGUUUGCGGGCGCCGUAGUCCGCAAUAACGACGUUCCAGUACAGACUUUUGAUCUCCCUCCCAGAGUCGAGCAGUUCAUUGCUAUUAGACUCAUCGGCAAAAAUGCAAGCGCAGAUGUUGUCUCGGAAUUUCCUAAGGUGAUGGGUCUCGUCAAAGGUAGAUCGACCCAAGCUAACAUUGUGAGCGCUAUCGACACCUUGGAUGUCACAUUGUCUGCCGGCGCAGAGAAGACGGCUUUGGCAGCUUUGAAGACUCUUAUACAAGCGGCAUUCGCAGACGUUGCUGCAGUUGAUGGUUUAGCACCGACCGUCCCCUUGCACGCUCCGGUCGUCAUCGGCACGGCUCCGUCAGAGAAAAUCGUCAUGUUCACCAACACGAUUGCGUUCCGCGUCACCGUCAAUCCUGUUAACGACGCGCCAAUACUGACAUCAUACCGCGCUUACUUACCACCGAUUGGGUACAACCUAACGACCACGCCCAACAAUGGUUUUACCGUUAACGAAGUAACCACUAGGAUUCCCAUCCCGUACGGUACAGAACUCCCCGCUUUCGCUGCCCGCCCAGAUCCCCUCAUCACUGAUGUAGAUGGCUACACCGCUGGUAUUGGUAUCGCUUAUGCCCCCAACACGAGCUUGGGCCGUUACGAGUACCGACUCUCUAAUAGCGAUCCAUGGACUCCUGUGCCUAUCGAUAACACCCUGGAAAACGGGAAGCUGAAUGGAACCGCCAGGGUCCUACUCCUGAAACCAGAAGCCAGCGUGCGCUUUCAGAUGCACAGUGAUGACUUCUUGUGGAGUAACGUGGAAGCCUCAGAGAAGGCUCAGGUUCUAUUUGUCGCAUGGGACCAAACAGAUAACAAGACCAGUGGCGUUCACAACUUCACUUUCCCACCCAGCGAAAGUAGCUCCAUUAGUAAGAAGUUCGUAAUGGCUUUUGCCACUAGGAAUGGAUGUGACGGUAAACCAGGUUCUCGAGGGAGAGUUGAUGCCUGUGGUAGGUGCGGCGGCGACGGGGUUUGGUGCCGUGGCUGCGAUAACAUUCCAUUCUCUGGAGCUAUUAAAGAUCACUGCGGGAACUGCACUGGAGGCACGACAAAUUUAACUUUCAACUUCAGAAAGGAUUGUGCUGGAACCUGUGGUUCUGCUUUCACGGGCCCUUGCGGUCUAUGUCAAUCGGCUGGAAAAUUUAAAAACUUUACUGACUGCUCUGGGACGUGCUUCGGUGGCGCCACGAUUAACAGGUGCGGAAACUGCGUCGGAGGCAAUACAGGAAAUCCUUCGAAUCAGGGAGAGGACGCGUGUGGUAUUUGUGGUGGAGAUGGCUCAAGUUGCCUCGACUGCGCUGGCCAAGCCAAUGGUCCCAGUAAAGUUGACAUUUGCGGCAGCUGCUUAAAUCCAACCAGCCCUUCAUUCAACUCUGCUUGCACGAAGCUGUCAGCCGUGACCCCAGCAAGCGGUGUCGACACUGGAGGGACCAGGAUCACUAUCAAAGGGGCAGGCCUUACGCGGAUUACCUCGGCUGCCUGUUACUUCGUCAAUAGCACUGGAGACUAUGCCACACCGGCCGUCACUAAAACGGCCACAGAACUGACGUUCACCAUGAGCGCAAUCGAGGCCGGAGUCUACCAAGUGAAGUGCAGAUUUGAUGGGGCCGCCACAGACUACUUCACUACCACCAACUUCACCGCGUACGAUAAGAGCGCUAUGACAAUAUCAUCAAUCACUCCAGCAAGGGUCAUAGCCAACAGCGGAGCCUUAACUGUCAAUAUCACAGGGACUGGCUUCGUCGACACGGGGUAUAUCCGAUGUGUGAGUGACGUUGGUUUUAGCUCCCCUGCUACCUUUAUUAGUUCCACUGAUGUCCAGUGCUCAUUUCCGAACCGUCAGAAGUCCAAGGCCAUGAAAGUGUCCGUAUCAAUGGGGCAGCAAGACACAGAGAUCCUUGGUAACCGCUUUGCGAAUUUCGAGUUCUACGUGCAAGGACCUAUGCCCGUCAGCGCCGCGUUUACUAAUAAUCUCCAGGCAAUCCUGGUCACCAUGAGCAAGCCCUCGGUGUCUAGUUCUGGUGAAGCUUGCACCCCGUUAUUUACAGACACAUCCUCGUUUGGAACACAAGCGAAAUGUGUGUUCCGUACGCCUUUGAAGAUGUUCAUACUUCUGCGAGGUUCGCCUUCUCUGACGCCUGGAAAUGUCAUUCAAUUCAACGCUUCAACAUUAACAGUGCUAAGGGAGGACGUUACUGUGGCUUCAACUGCCAUAACAAACCUGACAGUUAGCGGUCCUGCCAAAACCCCACCUCUUUCCGCCAUCUUAUCGGGACCGAACAAAGUCGGUGUGUGCGGAAAGAUCAAGCUAGACGCCUCUCGCUCAUUCGGUGGCGGAGGACGCAGACUGACUUUCUCGUGGGGAGUGGCCUGGGCCUCUGACACUCCCACACCGACCUCGGCCGCCAACACUGAUCUGGCCCGCCUACAAGAUAUGCUUCAGUCGGAGACAGGAGCCAGGGUGACCAUCAGGAACAGCACUAACCUCCUCCCUAACUUUAAGUAUGAGUUCCGUGUUUCCGUGUCCAAUUUCCUGGGUGCAUCAAGCGAGAACGCCACUCUUGUUGUUACUCGUGAAAACAAGCAGUUGCCAAUCAUCGAGGUCGGGCACAAGGUUCGCCAGGUCAAGGCCUCGCGGGAUGUUACACUGCAAGCCAAGGCGGUCCUUUCACCAUGCUUGGAUCCCUCAGUUGCUGCAUCAGUCUUGUUCUCUUGGGAAAUCGACGCCGUCGGGAUUGAUCUUGGUGUUACUGAUAAACCACGCCUUAGAAUCAAGCAGGCCACCCUAGAAGGUGGAAAGACAUACACCCUGACAGUCACCGCAGCAAUGGCAUCGGACCAGACGCUCUCUUCGACUAAGAGCAUCACCCUGAACGUGGAAAGCUCCCCAUUGGUUGCACGUAUCAGGGGCGGAGCUACAAAGGUGGUUGGUGCCACAUCUACCAUGACGAUGGACGCAUCUCCGUCCAUUGACCCGGACAAGACAAGCGAGACUGCUUGGUAUCGAUGGGCGUGCUUUGACAGCUCAGAGAAUCCAUGCUUCAGGCCUGACCCAGUUAACGCUGGAAGACAGAUAAGGGUCACCUUCCCGACUACGGCCCAAGUGUCUUUUAGCGUAGCGGAUUACCUCAGCUCCAACCAACAGUACAAGUUCAAGAUGACAUUUAACAAAGGGUCGCGGUCGGAUUCCACAGAAAUGACCGUUAUCGUCAAGGCAGGUGAUCCACCUCGAGUCACCAUCCGCCCUCAGACAAACAGCAAAGAAAACCCAAGCGAAGUUGUCAAGAUUAAGGCAUUGGUCAGCUCAACAUUACCCUCCACUAACGUGACUUGGGAGAGCGUUGAAGAAGACGGUUUUGCUUACCUCGAUCUAUCAACCGCUGGAACUAUACUUACUCCGCUACAGUUUACCUUCGAGAAGGCUUCUGGACGGGCCAAGGCAACCCGCGGAUGUGCGUUGGUUAUUGCCAAAGACAAGUUGUCGGGUGGCGUGCAGUAUAAGUUCCGUUUGACUGCUAAGCAUCGUGACUCUGACGCUUAUGGCGAUGCAGUGAUCAGAACGAACGCAGCCCCCUCACAGGGUACAUUGACCGUAAGCCCAUCUAAUGGUACUUCUAUGGAGACCGUCUUCACCGUAACAGCUGGGGAGGGGUGGUCUGAUGAUGCCGAUGACUUGCCUCUCAACUACCAGUUUGGUUACAUUGAUCCUAGGACCAAUAAAGAAGAGUUACAAGGGAUGUUUGGAGGAUCGAACCAGAGGGAAAUCAAGUUUCCUCCAGGUGAUGAGAAUAACGCCAGAAGCCUCACAGUAUUCGUGAACGUGAAAGACCAGCUGGGCGCCGUGACGCGUCAGACAGCCACCAUCACUGUGAUGCCUGUCGCGGUCACUACCGCCAUCCUAGACAACGCAAAGGACGACAUUUUGAAGAGCUUUGAAUCUGCAGACUGGAACUCUGCUUUAGGAAACAUGGGAGCAUUGUUGUCCGCCGUCCCGUGCGGGCCUGUUAACGACCCCGUCCAGGCUGCCGCUAUCACGUCAAUGAAGGAAUCAUUUGCUGGAAGUACCAUGAACAUCCUCGAGUCAGGAGGCGUCACUGAUGACCCAGCUGCCAAGCGCACGAUGUAUUGCUCGAUGGGGUCCAUCACUAAUUGUGGCAAGUCAAUGUCGUCUAAAGUCAAGUUAAGAGCCUUUAGACUAAUCAAGGGCAUAGAAUGUUGCUCAUCUGGGUCAAGGCGUAAGAGGCGUGCCACGGGGGGUUCUGGAUCGGGCGAGACCUACACAGAGCAAGAGGCGGAACAAGCUUUGUCAAUCCUGAGUAACCUGAUCGAUGCCAGCUCCUACGACUCCGCCUCCAUGACUCUGAAGAACGACUUCCGCCCUGUCGUGGACUCCUCCGGUGUCAAGGUUUGCCGAGGGGUAGCUGUCGGCAUGCCCGCUGUUAUGGUCAACGAUCAACUCGUAGUGCUUCGUGUUGAGAAGAAUUCCCUGGCCAAUGUUGACACCCAGUUUACGGAUAUUGCCUGUAAUGACUGCCCGGAUUAUCUCAGUAACAGCGCGAAGGUUCUGCUUGGUGCGUCCAUCAAGUCCGCGUACGCUUCCUGGGAUUGUAACUCUGGUGGUGACACUUGUACUGGUGUAUGUUUGGACACGUCACAGUUUGUAUACGACAUCCUUAGCACAUCAGUGGAUAACACAUCGCUUACGAAUGUCGUCGACGUCAAGCUUUUCAACCCGGAAACUUACGCCACUGUGUCCGUCAGCUCGUUGGCCACACCGAUGACUUAUCGAUUGCCGCUCAAGACUAAUGUCACCGUUGACACUAACAGCACCUACCUCGCCUGCAAACGUUGGUCUUCUGGUUCAUGGGUGACCACCGGAUGCGUAACGACACAGACGCUUGUGUCUGAUAACGGUACCGACUACGUAGAGUGCAACUGCACAGAGACCGGCUACAUAAUGGCCUUCACCGCCAACGAGGCACCCAUUGUGACAACACUCGCGCCUUCGACCACCCCACCCACCACCACCACCACCACCGCGCCUGUCGCUACCACAAUCCGGCGAGUCCGGUUUGCUCUUGUUGGGGAUUAUGACACCUUGGUUACUCCUGCAACUGAGAACGAACUAAAGGCGAAUAUCUCCAAGGCGUUGGCUUCAACUAUGGGCUUACCCGUGUCGCGAAUUGUUAAUAUGACGCUUUCAAAGGGUAGCAUUGUUGUAAACUUCGCCUUGGUUGCACCGGCGAAUGAAACCUCAACGGAUUUGAAGACAUACGCCGACAAGCUCAACACUGCCAUUACGUCCUCCACCUUCACUGUCGAGACGUCUUCCGGUACACUCAAGGCCGAUCCAGCGUCCUUCUCUACCACAGAGGGUAAUGAGCAACCCACCGCUCCUGCUCCACCCAUCUCGCCAACAGAGAGUGGCCUUACGGAGACCGAGAAGAUCAUUAUAGGAUGCGUAGUGGGCGGUGUAUUGCUUAUUGUAUUGAUAGUUGUCGUUGUCGUCUGCACCAAGAAGAAACAAAGCAAUAGGCGAAGUAUGAAGGUUUCUCCUGAAAGUUCCCGGGCUCAGCUUCGAGAGGGCGAAAACAUGGAGAUGGACGGCAGAAACAAUAAAGUUGAUGGAAACUACAACGAAGGUGUAGACGCAUAGAGACCUCCACCACCACCAUUCGUACAUCAAGCUCAAGUUUGACAACAACAAGAACGAGCUUUUAGUUCGCUUACCAGUAAAUGGCCAAGUAAUAAGAUAAGACUAGUUUUAGGUCAAGAAAGUCUGGCGGCCCUGGUGAAACAGUGCGUUGUUUCUAUUUUGCUGAAUAAAAUGGAUACUUGUUGACGCGCUAGUGAACACGCCACUCCAUUAAAAGUGCACUAUUUAAGUUAUUUAUCCAUGUUUUCAACGAUUUUAUGGUUUAAGUAAGAAAAUAUCUAUCAAUCAGGCCUAAAUAUUGAAACGUAAAUUAAGGGUAACUAUGAUGACACGUCUCUUAAAGAUGUUGCGACACGUGGGCCAUGAAAAACGUAAUUCGUAAUGAUGUGUCCGGUGUCUAGAAGGCAUGUGGUUUUUAAGGCAUUCUUUUCUACAGUUCUAGAGCUCUACGAGUAUAUUUCAUAUUCGAAAAAGGCAUGACAAGGCUCUUUCAGAGUUGCGUUGACCACAAAUCAUGUCCAAUAGAAAAGAACAUCUUUCUGUUGUAUUUGAUUUUCUGUCAACUACUGGUCACCCUAGAAAAUUCUUUUAUAAAUAUUCUUUUAUAAACAUCAAGGAUGUAAAUAUUACACGAAGUGCAGUCAUCAACAAAGCAAAAUGAGUUGCUUAUACGUAAGCCGUAAUAAUUUAUUAACGUUACCGUCUGUUUAUUACUGUGUGAAUCUAAUAAAAAUGAUUAAAUGUUA